AUGACAGACUUAAAUAAUAAUAAUAAUACAAAUAAUACAUCUACAUCAAAUAGAAAGAGAACAUCAAAGUUGUGUGAGAUAUGCAAUGUACAAAGACCAGUUCUAAAGAGACCAAAAACAUCUCAAAUGAUCUGUAAAGAAUGUUUCUAUCAGGUAUUUGAAGAUGAAAUUCACAACACAAUCGUUUCAAAUCAACUCUUUCAAAGAGGUGAUAAAGUUGCAAUCGGUGCAUCUGGUGGAAUCACUAUUAACAUCGUGUUUAACUUGAUAGAUUCAACCGUAUUAGCAGAGAUUAUGACAUUAUUAAAUAAAAGACAUGAUUAUGGAUUGGAUCUAUUUUUAUUAUCAAUUGAUGAAGGUAUUACAGGUUAUCGUGACGACUCGUUGGAAACAGUGAAGCGAAAUCAACAACAAUACCAAAUACCACUAAAGAUCCUUUCGUACAAGGAACUUUACGAUUGGACAAUGGAUGAGAUCGUCAAGGAAAUUGGAUUAAAGAAUAACUGUACAUUCUGUGGUGUAUUUCGUAGACAAGCACUCGACCGAGGUGCUGUCCUUCUAGGUGCCAACAAAAUAGUUACAGGUCACAAUGCCGAUGAUAUCGCAGAGACUAUCUUGAUGAAUUUGCUAAGAGGUGAUGUACCAAGAUUACAAAGAUGUGUUAAUAUAGUCACUGGAUCAGAAGGUACACUACCACGUUCCAAGCCCUUUAAAUAUACCUAUCAAAAAGAGAUCGUAAUGUAUGCAUACUUUAAGAAAUUGGAUUACUUUACCACCGAAUGUAUCUAUGCACCGAAUGCUUAUCGUGGACACGCACGUGACUUUUUAAAGGAUCUAGAGGCUGCAAGACCAUCAGUGAUCAUUGACAUUAUACACUCUGCCGAGAACUUUGCAUUCAGAGAUGAAACUAGAAUGCCAGUACAAAGAAAUUGCAAUAGAUGUGGAUAUAUCUGUUCCAAUGACAUCUGUAUGGCAUGUGAUCUACUAAGAAAUCUCAACGCAGGAAUGGCUAAAGUUGCUCUAACAAGCAAUUCAUUAUUAAAAUAUAACCAAUCAUCUACUUUAACAAAUAAUAAUAAUAAUACAUCAAAUAAUACAUCAAAUACAAAUAAUACAUCAAAUACAAACAAUACGACAAACACUACAGCAAAUAGUUAA